UGUUGUAAGUAAUACGUUGUGGUACAAAGUUCAUUGUAGGAAGUUCUUUGAGUCAUUGCGAAUAUGUUAUUUCCAAAUCGAAAAACCGAAAUGUGAUUUUCAACAUUCUAGACCCUAAACGUGCGGCAAUACAACUUUUGUUACUGCAGACAAGUGGUUUUCGACAUUGACCCGGACCCGGUAUACCAAACAUUCAGGAAAAAUCCCUCUCCUAACACACACAGACACACACAGCAGCAGCCAAUAAUCGGCGACGAUCGAGCAACACCACAAGUGUGAACAAGCACCACCCCCACUACGAAACCAGCGACCAAUCACCCUGACACAAAGCGCAUUCCACUUCGACGUGCCCGCAUGGCCUUCCAGUUCGUCAACGCACCACCCCGCCGCCGCCCCAAUCCCCGCCUAACCGAACGUGUCGUCCUGCUGCAGAAAAAUCAGGCCUGACUUGUCCGAAUGUCCGGUACCGGAACACGAAGUCAAGCAGAACGUGGAGCCCCACGAAAUUCAGUUAACCUGCCACUCACUGCCACUCGGUGCCAAACCGCCGGCCGGUGCCCGAUCUCUACGCCGGCAAUGACCACCGCACUAAAAAAGUUCAGAUAAUCCGCCACUACCUGACUGACUGAUGACCACGCCAAUCCAAUCCAAUCCGCCCCCUCCAAUCACUCCUGAAUCAUCGCUCCGCACAAUCCACCACCUCUCUAUAUAAAGCACGCCGCAUGAUCAUUGAUUGGUUCAUUGAUCAGGGACAGGGAGAGGAAGAAGAUAGCAAUGGCGGGGGUGGUGGUCGACGACUCGUGCCGGCGGCCGGGGUCGGUGCCGUUCAAGUGGGAGGUGUGCCCGGGGACGCCCAAGCACGUCCGGAGCAGCAGCUCCAGCUCCGCCAGCGUGGCGCCGCCGCCCUACUACUCCUCCUCCCCGUCGUCAUCCGGCGCCCUCUACUCCUCCUCCAAGGUGGCCGUGUCACCGAAGCUGGCGCCGCCGCCGGCCAUGUCGCCGUCGCCGUACCACUCCCCGCGGGUCUCCUACUACGCCGCGCGCUCCGCGUCGGUGUCGCCGUGCCGGCGCCGCCCGCCGCACCGGCCCACGGCCUUCCUCGACAUCGCGCCGCGGGUCGCGCCCGCUGCGUACGGUCCCGGGCCCGAGGACGAGGAGGCCGCGGCGGCGGCGGCGGCGGCGGCGACGAGGAGGUGCUUCCCGCUCCCCGUGUUCCGGAGGAAGGACCGGGACGGCGGCAAGAGAGACGGUGGCGGCGGCGGCUCCGGGCGGCGGUCGUCCGGCGCGUCGUCGUCGUCGGGCUCGUCCGGCAGCAGCUUCCGGUCUGACGGGGCGCCGGGACACGGGCUGGUGGCCGGGCUGCGGCGGUCGACGUCGAGCUCGUCGUCGUGCCUGUCCCUGUCGUCCAGGAGCAGUGGCAAGCUGGCCGAGGCGAGGGAGGUGGAGGCUGCCGGCUUCUGGUUCUACUGAGACGGCGACCAUAGACGAAGAACAAGGAUUCGAGGAGAAAGUUUGUCUUUGUGUGUGUCAGAGUGUCAGUCUGUGAUGAGACGUUGAGACCCCAGCAAGCUAAGAUGAUCUAGUGCUUGGCUGGAGACUGUUUGUAUGCGCGCGUUCUUGUGUACAAAACAGUUGCUCGUCAAUAGUUUGGAUUGCAAGAUUUGCAGAACUGAGGUGAAGAGGGGAAAAAAUAAGCUAUCACCUCACGAUCGAUCUAAUGAUCUGUAACGAAGGCUAAAACAGAGCAUCUUUCUGUGUGCAAGGCGUGGUCUUUUUCUCUUUC